UGUUGCGUUCCACGCUUGAGUCUGUGGUGUUGUGUUUCGGUAUGACAACUAAACCUGUGUUCAACUGGACUGUUGUUGUGCUCACUUGUCAGCACAAAGACAGUGUUUAUGCUUUCCAGAGAGAGUUGGAGAUUCGGAAGCAGCGUGGGAUCCUGCCCCCUGCUGCGCUGCUCCUCACCGUGUCUGACCCACCGGAGCACAUGGGCAGUGGAGGAGCGACUCUCAACGCACUGCUGGUGGCUGCAGAGCAUCUCAGUGCCAGAGCCGGAUAUACAGUUGUGACUGCAGAUGUCCUGUAUGAUGCACACAUUCUCAUUUUGCACACGAGCAGAGAUUUCCCCUGGGAUGGGUGCAGUAGGGCAUUCUGUUGGAUGCCUGUUAGUGCACUUGAACAGAGUGUUGAAGGACCAGUUUGCUGUUUAGAUUUGUUACUGACCUGCCUUUCAGCUAAGGUGUGUGCUGGCUCUCCACCAGGUGUUUGGGUGUGCAGUACUGACAUGAUCCUAAACAUCUCGACAAUGCCAUCAAUGUCGUGGGAGGGCUUCACUGGAGUGCGGGCUGUAUCCCUCCCUGGUGACACGUCUUUUGCUGUGAACCAUGGAGUCUACCUCACAGAUGCACAAGGUGUAGUGCGUGAUAUUAUUUAUUUGGGUUCAGAGGAGAGGAUCCGCUCUGCUCUACUGCCUGAUGGGAAAGUUCCUCUGGUGUCAGGGCCUGUUUUUUUCUCCAGCUCUGUAUCAGAGAGACUUUUACAGACCCAUGUGACUCCACCACUGGACAGCUGCACUUACCUGGGCCUGGACUCAGGAGUGCGUCCUCUACAGAUUUCUCUCUUUCUGGACAUCCUGAAGUGCUUUUGCUCUGACCUGACUGAAGAAGAGUUUGUGAAUGAAGUGAGAGCAGAUUGCAGUUCACUUAUUGCUCCACAACGGGAGGCAGUAAAGAGUGCUCGCUCUGUGCUUUGGAGGACUUUAAGAGGCAUUCCUCUUUUUCUAGUACAUGCUUCAGCUGGAAACUGCGAUUACAUGACAAUGUCAGGUAGGGACCAUGUUGUACGUCUGACAGAGGCGGGAUCAGAAAGACAGAUUCUUUCCCAUAUACAGGAGUUACAGUGCGUGAGUGAGGGCAGUAGGAUAAUUAACAGUAUCUUGGAAGGAGAGGUGCAUGUUGCAGCAGGGGCUGUUGUGCAACACUGCCAUUUGCAGGGACCAACUCAAGUGAAUCCCGGAUGCCUCCUUUCAGGCCUGGAUCAGACCGUAUCUGAGCAGUUACGGAACCUGCCUCUGACCAAUGACAUCAUUGUACAGGGGCACAGGGUGAACGUGGGAGAGCUGAAGUUAACAGUGUUCACCGUGUUUGGGGCGUAUGACAAUUUGGAGGCCCCGAGAAAUGAUGUGUCUGCUUCGUUCCUCAAUCAAACAUGGAGUCACUUCUUUAGUAGCACUGGAAUACAGCAAGAGGAUCUGUGGGGAGCAGUGGCUGAAGCAGGUCAGACUUUGCUGGAUGCCCGCUUGUUUUUGGCAUUUAUACCAAAGGGAGGCACAACAGGGCUGGAUGGUGUGCGCUUCCUGCUGGGUGGCUGUGGGAGUGUAGAGACUUGGAGAUCAGCAUGGAGACUGUCUCUUAGGGAGGUUCUGUCUCUCACGGACCAGCAGUGUGAACUGCAAUGGAGGGAAGAGCUCCUGUUUAGUGCAGGCAGGAGAAGAGCAGCAGACACAUUGAAGAGUCACGCAGCUCACAACCUUCUGCCCUGCAUGAGAGCAGCAGUACUUGGGGGCAAGCACACAGAACUGCUGAGCACACUUGACUCUGUGGCUUCGGGAAGUCUUGUUGAUCUGGGUGUAGCUGCGCGCACUCUAGCAUGCAUCGCUGAUGUUCUUGGUUGCAUGGCUGGUGAGGGGAAAGGAGGUUUGAGGAGUGGCCCGGCUGGUAAUCCUGCCUGGGCUUAUGCUUUCAGCCUGCUGGAGCAGGGCAAGCUGGAGGCUGGUGUCCUGGAACUGGCCAAUCAGAGAUCUCGCUGGCUUAGCAGACCGGAUCUGCUGGUAAGAGCUGCCAGACACUAUGAAGGUGCAGGACAGAUAAUUCUCAGGAAAGCUGUGAUGUCUGCACGUCAAUUUGUGGACAUCAGUCAAGGCCAAAUGCCACCAAUGGGAGAGUGGCAGGAAGUGGAGUGUCCAGCCAGACUGGACCUCUCUGGCGGUUGGAGUGAUACUCCCCCGAUUGCGUUUGAGCAUGGAGGCGUGGUGGUAAAUGUGUCUAUAAAGGUGGAUGGAAAGCGACCAAUCGGAGCCCGGGUGCGCCGUAUCUCAGAGCCCCAAAUAGUGUUGUUGAGCCGCAGCGGCCCUUUAGAGUGCAGCAUGACUACGAAGACCGUGUGCAAAGAGCUCACUGACCUGGACGACCACUGUCAGCCUCAUGCGCCUGGAGCACUGUUGAAGGCGGUGUGUGUGUGCAGUGAUGUUGUGUGUCUUACGUCUCCGUUGUCUCUGGAGCAGCAGUUGCUGCAACGCUGGGGAGGGGGAUUGGAACUGCACAGCUGGUCUCAGCUGCCUCAUGGCUCAGGACUUGGUACAAGCAGUAUCCUGGCUGGUGCAGUUCUCGCAGCUGUGUACAGGUGCACUGGGCGGAGUUACGACACCAGUUCUCUCAUCCAUGCCGUACUUCACCUGGAGCAGAUACUCACCACAGGUGGUGGGUGGCAGGACCAAGUGGGAGGGCUGGUAGGUGGAGUGAAGGUGGCACGUUCCCAGCGCAUCCUACCCUUAAAAGUGGAGGUGGAGCAACUUGUGCUUCCUUCGGACUUCCUCACUGCUCUGCAGCAGCGCCUCCUUCUGAUCUAUACUGGCAAGACACGCCUGGCACGCAACCUGCUACAGGAUGUGGUGCGGAACUGGUACAGCCGUCUGCCGUCGAUUGUGCAGAACGCAGAGCAGCUGGUAAGCACCGCUGAAGAGUGUGCUCGGGCCUGCACAGAGGGAUCUUUAAUCAAACUCGGGGCCUGCAUGAACCGCUAUUGGCAGCAGAAAAAAGCGAUGGCGCCAGGAUGUGAACCAGCUGCCGUGAGAACCAUGAUGGAUGCCCUUCAGCGUAUAGCCCUAGGGCAAAGUCUGGCAGGGGCAGGAGGCGGUGGCUUCCUGUUCAUACUCACACGGGAUUCCCAGCAGGAGGAGAAAGUACAACAGAUCCUUAACAGCACACAGGGUCUCUGUGAUUUCAGCGUGCACUCUGUAGAAAUUGACAUGGAAGGGAUUACAGUCCUACAUCAGAGAACAGGAACUGCCCAGUGCUGAACUGCACUUAAACUACACUAACUGCACCAAUUCUGGAGAAGUGAAGCACACUGAACAGAUCAGGCCAAAAUAAACUAAAACAAAGUGGGACAGGAGUGGAACCUGAUGUGUUCAUUUGCUAUUAGAGCCCUUUCAUGUACUGUAAACGUUCAGCCUGUUAUGUUUUAAGAUGCUCUUCUGCUCAUGUUUGGAAAGACUAUACACAUACUGUAUAUACAGUACACUUUACGCACAAUGAAACAAAUCAUUAGAGUAAAUUAAAACUGAAGAAAAUUUAAAUGCGAUCCAGUGCUUUUGAUUUAAAAAAAAGGUUUUAACUCAUUACAUAAAAGCAAAAUGUAUGCUUUUAAUGUACAAUGUACUGUAUAUAAUAUGUAAAUAUCAUAAGCAUAUGUUACUAGCUGUCUUUUUCAGCUCUAUGUUGAUCUUUAGAGCACUAACAGCUCUUGGAUCUAAUUAAAAAACUGGCUGGUUUUAGUCCUUUAUCAAAGGGACUAGAGCUUACUAUCCAGUAAGCUGUGUGUUUUGAUCUCUCUCACAGUUUAUAGUAUAGCUUCCUGAUUCUUACUUUUAGCAUCACUAAGCCAAGGGCAUCUGGGGUAAUGCUGGAUUUAUGCACUGUUACAGAGGGAGCAGGAGAAUGUUGAUUCAAAAAGGUUGUUCUUAUACAUGCUUCCCAAACCAAUUUAGAAUUAAAUUAGAAAAGCAAUUAAAAAGUGUUUUAGUUCUGGUGUUAUGCAAAUUUCACAAAAAAAAAAUUAUGAAAAUAUUCAGGUCAUUCAACGCAAAAGGUUGUGAAAAUAUUAUUUUAAUUCAAACUAAAUGUGUUACCCUUAUUCUUGUUACAUGGCAAAUGUAUUGUUUUAUGUGUAAAUGUUUUGUUUUUAAUUACAUUUACAAUUACAGGACUUCCAUCACAUUUCAUCACAUAUAGUUUGCAUAAAAAGUACUGUAUGAGACUGUAUUACCAAAUGUAAUAUGUAAAAUGAAAUACUUGUGAUUUCAUUUGUAGCUCAGUUGCAUAGAGAAAAUGCAGCAUACUUAUAAAUAAAAAUGUAAUGCAUCA